AUGUUUCGCCGGUUUCAACGAUCUCCCUUGCCAGCAGAGGAAGCUACUACUCCCAAACCCAAUAUCGUGGUCAUUGGAGGUAGUUAUGUUGGCGGGUCUGUAGUCGAUCAACUUGCAUCCUCUCUUCAUCGAACGCACAAUAUUGUGCUCAUCGAGAAGAACUCUCACAUCCAGCAUAUAGCAUCUCUUUGCCUUUCCCCGUGUAAGCGUUGUUCCCGGUUUUCGAGAACAGAGCCUUUAUUCCUUUCACAAACUGCUUUCCAUGCGAGUCCACCUGGCUCUACCUCUGUGAUACAUGCCAUUGCGGAGAAGAUUCUUCCCGGCAAAGUCAUACUGGAUAAUGGACAAUCUAUAUCUUACGAAUAUUUGAAGGCUGUGGAGACUCAACGAUUCAGAGACCUCCAGCAAAGUAUAGCCAAGGCAUCGCAUAUCACGAGUCAUCGGGGGCGGCGCGUAUGGUAUCCAAACUGCGAUGGAUAUCAAAGAUUAUGCGUCAGUCGAAGAAGGAUCACUGUCAUACAUUCCCGGCCCAACUUGAUGAGCCGGUUCCAUCCCAAGCUGCACGAGAUCGUGAUGGAGAAGUUUAAAGCAGCUGGUAUCGAGACAAUCCUCGGCCAACGAGUGACCAUACCUGAGGAGGGUUUCCCCAAUAAUGGCUCAGAGUUCGCCAUAGCUCUGGCUGAUGGGACGGAGGUGAAGACGGAGCUAGCGAUUGUUUGCAUUGGCGCGGUCCCUCUGAGCGCGCCUUUACUUGCUUUGUCCCCGUCAUCGGUUGAUCCGCAGACGAAGUAUGUCAAAGUGAAGCCGACCCUCCAAAUUGCGGACUCGAAUUAUCCAAACGUGUUUGCUAUUGGAGAUGUUGCUGAUACCGGAGCACACAAGGCUGCACGCCCGGGAGGGAUGCAGGCCAGGAUCGCUUCGAAUAAUAUAGAAAUGCUUAUCAAGGGCAAAGACUUGGAUCUGCAGACGUAUUACCCAGAUGCACCAGGUAUAGGUUUAUCGUUGGGAUUUCACUCCAAGGUCAGAUUCCGAAAUCCAUCUACGCCUGACGGUGAACCGUCUUGGAGACAGGCUUUGAAGCCGUUCAAGACCAAGGGUAACAUGGACGCAGGUUGUCGGAAAGUGUGGGAUCGACGUGCACCUGGUGUGAAGGAUUAUGAUCUGUAG